CCCCUCAUAUAACUCAAUCGUCCACACACACAGUGGAAUCCAAGCCUUACCAGUACUUGUACAUAGCGCUGAAGAUAAUGGGUCUUCUCAGUAUAGUGACGGUGCUGUACAUGAGCGAGGUCUUCUUCCAGAAGAUCUUUGUGACGAGGCCGUGGAAGGCUCUUUUUGUGAACUCGGAUGAUGAUAUACAUCAGUGGUGGUUUAUGUGGAAACAGGAUCGGUAUUCAAUGGCGUAUGGUGUUAUAUUCGCGAGUUUAUACCUGCUCGCUCAGAGAUACAACUUGGUGGACGACAACAACCACAGCAAUCUGUUCACUCCGGGCCUCUCCCUCACAGCCACCCUGCUGGCCCUCAUCGGCCUCGGCUCCUACGUCACCUUCACCUUCCUCUGCACCAACACCUUCGACUGCAACGAGAUACACAGCUAUGUAGCAUUCUUACCCAUAAUCAGUUAUAUCAUACUCAGAAAUGUCUCCGGAGCUCUCCGGACAAAACAUUCUAACCUCUUCGCUUGGUUUGGAACUAUCACUUUAGAGUUAUUCGCAAGUCAAUCACAUAUAUGGCUAGCGGCGGACACACAUGGUGUUCUAGUAUUGAUACCGAGUGCUCCCAUAUUAAAUCUUAUUUUAACAUCCUAUAUAUUCAUUUUCACCGCACAUGAAAUACAUAAAUUGACCUCAAUAAUACUGCCGUAUGCGGUGCCCGAUGAUUGGAGAUUGGUUUUAAGGAAUUUUGCUAUAUUUCUAGCGAUUUUAGUACCGAUUGGCAUUCAUGAUGGAAUGUUCUAGCUUAGAUACCGCUUUCAUAUACAGGGUGAUUCUUAACGGGUAAACUUUGUAUGAAGAUGUCCAUUAAUCGCCCUGUAUAUUAAAGUUUUUUUGUUAUUGUUAUGUGUGAUAUUAUUUAUUAGUACAGUCAGCUGCUUAAUUAAUUUUAAUGGUAACAGAACAGAUAUUCAAACGUGAUAAAGAGAAAAAGUGAAUUAAAAAGGUACUUUUUUACUUAUUUACAUAUGUAACGAAUUUUAGAGCCUGUCCCACCACUGGCUGGGCUUAAAAAUGACGUCACUGUCAGUUAAAGGAACAAACUCCGAUAUUUCAAUCACAUAUUUUACAUAUUCGAUUGUUAUCAGACGAUUUACAAUUUGGUGGGACAGGGCCUAAGAAUUUUGUAAAGCAAACCGAUUCAUAUUUUUGUAACCGAACGUGUACAUAAAUUUCGGUAAUUAUAAAUGACUUAUUUUUGCUUCAGACUGUUCAUAAGAUAAAUUAGUACAAUAUUACAUCUGGUAACGAACAUUCCAGAAUGUACGAAACGAAAUUUUCAUACAGUGGAUGUAUAACGGUGAUUAAGAUUGUCACUUUGAUUUGUUUUGUUGUUUGUAGUAUGAAGGAAGGCGUAAAACAACGUUUUUUUUCAGUCUGCUUUUAAUAUCAAACUAGCUGUUCCCGAAAUUAUAAAAAUUUCAUUUUAUUGUUCACAUUUGUUAAAUUAUCAAAU